UUGUUUGGAGCAUAAAGGUCUUUACACUGAGGUCUGAAGAAUGAGUGACUGGGAGAACGUCAAUACGGUCUGGAGUGCGGUGGAGCCAAACAUAACUACCGUCGGGCAGAAUAUUCUACUGCGAUUAUUCAAGGAACACCCGGACACCAAAGCUUUUUUCCCCAAGUUUAAGGAUAUCCCUCUGGAACAGCUGGGGAACAAUGAGGACCUUCGCAAACAUGGAACCACCGUUCUCCGGGCUCUUGGCAAUAUUUUUAGACAGAAGGGGAACCACAGUGUCAAUGUGAAGGAACUUGCAGACACUCAUAUCAACAAGCACAAAAUCCCACCUUAUAACUUCACUUUAAUCACCACCGUUGCUUUGGUCAUCUUGACUGAGAUGUACCCGGGUGAAAUGACUAAACCGAUGCAGGAUUCGUUCUCGAAGGUUUUCAAAAUCAUCUGCUCUGACCUCGAGCAAUUGUACAAGGCGGCUAACUUCCAAGGUUAAAGAGAGCAGUGGGCACUCCUGAGCCUGGAUCAUAGCGAAUGGCACGGAAAUUGCAACGUGUAGUUUAUCUGUAACAGCUUGGUAGUGGUGGUUACACAGCUAUUAAUAUUUACGCAGUGACUUCUUCCACAUGUAACAAACGUGUGCAAAUUCAGUUAGAUAAUGAAAUAUUAACCUUUGCUUCUAUGUGAAUUCUUACCCAUUCUUCCACUUUGAAGACCCCUAGGUUCCCAGGAAAUCCUCACUCCACUAUGGGACAUUCUACUACUGAAUUCCAAAAUAGGGUUCAAACUCUUAAUUCGACUUUGUACAAGGCUCCAAACCUGCUUUACCAGUCAGUGAGAUCACAGCUCAUAGUGGGGCAUCAGUGCUAAUUGGCUGCACCAUCCCCAUAUCCCUCAAUUGCCCGAGUCAUAGUCAUAGAGAUGUACAGCAUGGAAACAGACCCUUCGGUCCAACCCGUCCAUGCCGACCAGAUAUCCCAACCCUGCCUAAAAUGCAGUACACUUUUCUAAGUUUGCAGCUUAAAUCCAAAUUGUUGAUGCUGCAGUGCCACGGCUCCAGCUGUUGUAUUGUGAUGCCAAGACCCAGGUCCUUCCCUUAACUUAGAGGGAUUUUAGGAUCUGCUCUUCAAACGUGAAUUAUCCGAGAGGAUUUAAUUUCCUGGGUCAUUUUUGCUUCUGACUUAACACUCUCAGCAUUUUCAGAUGUAGGAUAAUUCAAAUCCUGAAACAUCUGGAAGAUGCUGUGACUGUGCAGAUUGGGAGAUUUAAAAACAGUCAGUGCUAUUGGCUGUGACCUGUCGCUGUCUCCAUCGGAGAUUGGCAAGGGCGCCGUGAUUAUAGGGUUAGCGAUCUCAGAGCAACAACAGCUCAUUGUAACCCGAGCCAUUACAUUCAGCUGCUAUUACAUGGGGAGUCUGCACCUGGGUGCUAGGGUUCAGAUUUUGUGAUCCUCCCCCGUUGGAUGAGAAAUCCAGUGAGAUCCAGUGACAUUGUACACAACUCAUCAAUGAGAUAUGAAAUUACCCACAGAAAUGCUGUGAACACAGUUUUGCACACUCCGGCCCAAAGCUUAACAGGUACCAGGAGGAUCAAGUCCAGUUUAGAGAUGCCGGUGUUGGACUGGGGUGUACAAAGUUAAAACUCACACAACACCUGGUUAUAGUCCAACAGGUUUAUAUGGAAGCACUAUGGUUAUACCACCUGAUGAAGGAGGAGCGCUUCCAAAUAAACCUGUUGGACUAUAACCUGGUGUUGUGUGAUUUUUAAUUUUGAUCAAAUUAGAGUUUGUUCGGCGUACUGCUUGUGUAUUUUACAGAUACUCCAUCCCAGGUCAGAAAGUUUUGAGCAGUAAAUUUCAAUGGGUGGGCCAUUGGUGAUUACAUGGGGGGAGUACAUACAUCUUUAUAUUCUAUGGAAAUAGCCCACAGAGGAUUGUUUUAGUUAAAUAAUGCAUCACUUAACAAUUGAUGUAUUGUGCCUUGUGCAGAGCUGUUCAAAAGAGUAUUUCUACUCAUGGGAAGAAUGGGAACAAAAAUGGCCAAGUUGCCUCGGUUUCUGUGUUGGACUUUUGAGAUUUGGACUGACCUUGUUUAGAUAGGAAGGAUCUCACACAAAGUUUAUUAAUCAAAUUGUACAUGAAAAGUUUUAAUAAAGAUUACACUCUGCUGUA